UAAAACAGGCAUUUUGAGUUACGGAUUUGUAAAGCGAGUAAUUGCUCAAGGUGAAUCCUUUCCCUUUCAUUACAUAGUUUUCAUAAGCUUUGAACAACUAUUUUUAUUCUUAUAUUUAUCUGGACCAGUGUUAAAAAUGGGUAGUUCAUUUUCAAGAUCAUAUUCUCCUAAUAGUGGUCAAAACAAAGACAAAGAUGUUUGUGGAAAACCAGGAACAAUAUCCAGAAUGGACUCUAAUAUUCAAUAUGUGGAGUCAGUAGUCUGCAAUGAAGGUGAUCUCAAAGACAAUGAAAUGAAAGUUUUUGACAUUGGUGAAGAUGGGAAAGUACUUCUAGUCAAGCAGAAAGGCGAAUUUAGUGCAUUGGGUACAAAAUGUACACACUAUGGAGCACCAUUAGUUUCUGGAGCUUUGGGCGAUGGCAGAAUUCGCUGCCAGUGGCACGGAGCCUGCUUUAACAUCAAAACUGGAGAUAUUGAAGAUUUUCCUGGGUUUGAUUCACUGCCAUGCUAUCAAGUUACUGUUACUGAAAAAGGGCAAGUCAAAGUUCGAGCUAAGGUGAGCGACUUGCAGACAAACAAGCGUAUCAAAGAUAUAGGGGCAGUGCGGCCCUGCGAGAGCACCUCCGUAGUGAUCGUAGGCGGUGGGCCCUCGGGCGCCACGUGCGCGGAGACCCUGCGCAGCGAGGGCUUCAACGGACGCAUCACCGUCGUGGCCAAGGAACCCUACUUACCCUACGACAGGAUCAAAGUCUCCAAAAUAGGCGUGGUCACAGACAUAAAAACUUUACAGGCACGAACGGACGAAUACUACGAUAACGCCAACAUCGAAAUUAUAAAGGGCGUGGAAGCAACCAAAGUAGACCCCGAAAAUAGAUUCGUAUACCUUAAUGAUUCGACAAAACUUAAAUAUAGCGCCCUCUAUUUAGCCACGGGCUGCAAACCUCGCGUGCCUGACGUACCGGGCAUAGACUUGGAAAACGUCUUUACUGUCAGAAAUUACGAAGACGCCAUAAGCAUUUUAACAAAGUUAGGCGACAAAAAUGAUAAGGACGUUGUUGUUCUCGGAUUAAGUUUCAUCGGAUUAGAAUCGGCCGCGUCCUGCAGCAGCAAAGCAAGAUCUGUAACCGUAGUCGGGAAAGACACUGCACCGUUGGGGCAGAUAUUUGGCCAUGAAAUAGGUAGAAGCUUGCAAAAGCUUUUUGAAGAUAAAGGAAUCAGAUUCGAAUUUGAUACAACAAUAGCGAAAUGCAAUGGUGAGAAUGGAGUGUUAAAAUCUGUAGUGUUGACCAACGAGUGCACGCUAGCGGCGGACAUACUAAUUUUGGGCGUGGGAACCACGUUCUAUACUGAUUUCCUUGGAGAUAGCGGUAUCGAGCUGCAGCCGAACGGUGCGGUUACCGUCAAUGAUAAACUGGAAACCAACAUUAAAAAUGUGUACGCGGGCGGUGAUAUAGCUUACGCGCCGGUGUUCGCGCACGGGAAUAAACAAAUGAGUAUUGGACACGUGGGGUUAGCACAGUACCACGGCAGAGUAGCAGCCCUGAACAUACUGAGAAAAGAUACUCCACUGCGGACGGUUCCAUAUUUCUGGACAAUGCUCUUCGGUAAAUCCAUUCGUUACGCCGGAUGCGGCAAGUCGGCAAAUAUUCUCGUGGAUGGCGAUGUGGAUGCUUUGAAAUUCGUUGUUUUCUUCUUCGAUGAGUCGGAUAAAGUUAUAGCUGUAGCUUCUUGUAUGAGAGACCCGGUGGUAUCCCAGUUCGCCGAAUUAUUAUAUCAAGGCAAAUCUCUUUAUAAAAAAGAUCUUAAAGACGAUAUGUUUGGCUGGACCAAGACCAUUAAUUAAUUUUUUAUAAAAAUAAAACAUGAGCUUGUGUAAGGUAUAGUAUAUGUUUAAAAAAAUGCACUAUGCAAUCUCAAUAUACAAUUACUCAAAAUCCCGUUCUCGACUUGUAUCAUAUUUAAUUUUUACACAAUCUUAAAGUACUCAUAAUAAAAUUGCGGCAACAAAUGUUUGGCUUAAGUUUAUACUUGUAGUUGAAUAUCUUUAUGAAUGUUAUAUUUAUUGAUAAAUGUAAGUGUUUAUUUGCUUUUCUUAUGAUAAGGUUUAUGUAAAAAAACUAUAUGUGUACCAACAAAGACAAUAUAGAUUAUUCUCGAAUUUCUAGGUAUGUAUAAUAAGAAGUUCUAUUUUAUGAAUGAUAAUUACGUAAGCACAUUUUUGUGAAAGGAAUAAUAUUAUGUCAUCACAAAAUUAGCUGUGAUAAAUUAGUCCAAUAGUAUUAUAAUACUUGUCACCGCUCACACAUGUCACAACAAACGGCACCACUUGUUAUGUUAGCUGUUUCACAUUUUUCUACCAACAUUAUGAAAUAUGUAUAUAUAGAUUAAUUUUUCAGAAUAGAAUAUUAAUUGCUUGAAUAUUUUCAUCCGCGCUGCUGUUUCGUUCGACAUGGUGGGGACACUAUGGUGUCCCCAGAUAAGUUUAGUCCAAGUUUAGUCUGUGGAUUCAAGGUAUCACCUAAUCAAAAACUACUUACAUAUAAAUCUAUUAUUGAAUAUACUUGCAGCCACAUUAUUAUUGGCUUGGAAAGCCACGCAAAGCGUUUAAUAUUUUAUUUAUUGCCAUCAUGCCUUGUCAACGCCAUUAAAUGGUUAAAUAAUUUAAGUUUUGUUUAUAUUGUUUUUCUCGUACAUCACUUCAUUCCAAGGUCUAGCUUAGUUUUAAUUCUUAUAAGUUCUCAUUUUAUUUAAUGCCUGAUAACUACAACAAAACAGAUGCUGUCCUAUGCAUACAACAGAAAUCUUUAAUUUUAUUACAAUAAUAGGUCAUGAAAUUUAAAUAAACAGUACCUUACAAAAUUCUUACAUAUUAUUUAACAAAUUGAGAGUUCAUUGUAAAACUCAAUCAGUUUUAUUUGAACAGAUUAAAUUGAGUAAAACUCAUUGCCCAUUUGUAAGAAAUGAUUAGCCAAAAGACUCCAAUUUUAGACUCCAUUUAUUGUUCAAACCAGUGCUUUUUAUUAGUGAAUUUUCUUUGCUUUUUAUAUGUAUAUUUUAGUUUCUAUUCAUAUUAGGCAAACUAUUUACAAAUGAGUAGGUAGUGAUGUGUUAUAAAAUAAUUGUAAAAUGUAGUAGUGUAAGUAUCUCAUUACACAAAUCUCAACUUGCUUUAUAUUUCACUUGAUCAGUAAGAAUUCUUGUUGCACCUGUUUUACACCUAGCUCUUGAGAGAAAGACUCAAUAAAUAACAAUAACAACGAACAAACAACAACAUAGAUUAUAACACUUAAAAUCUCUGUUGAUAAAGCAAUAUGUAUAUUUAUGUAUUUUGAAAAAGUACUAUCAUUAUUUAGGUGUGUGUUUGUUUGAAAUAUUAAAUGUAUGCAAAGUAACUUAUUGAUGUGAGUAGGAGAAGUGAUAUGAAUUUUAUAUCAGAUGGUAUAAUAUGUUGCUAAAUAAAUAAAUAACUAUUUGAAAAUUAACUUUUAUGUAUUACCUUUGGUCUUUUUCCUGUUGAAAAACCACAAUGUUCCAUGAAAUUAUUUAUGGUUUGGUUUAUGUGAAAAGGGAUAUUUAGCUAAUAAUAAGAUAUUAAUUUGUUAAAAUAUUUUAAUACAUACAGAAUAGCCUACCUAGGUAAGACCUUUACUGGACCUGGCUUGGAAAAUUAUAACCUACUAUCUAAACUAACACAUUUUAUUAACAUUUCAUAAUUUUACUUAUCCCAACCCUCAUUUACUCUUAAAUGUUGGAAUCUUUCAUAUAAUGUGACAUCUUCUUUGAAGAUCCUUCUUGUCGAUUCUGAGAACUUUCUCUUCCUUUCCUCUUGCUUUUUCAAAGCUUUGGCGUGGCCUGCACUCUCA